CAUUCACUCUCUUUCUCUUCACACCAAAGAACUGUUUUGUAACCUCCAAAACUUUCCCUCUCUAUUUUCGGCGGUUAAGCUGCCUCAAUCUCACCUACCAGAAGAAGAAACCCAGAAACUAAUCACAAAGUUUGAACCUUUACCUCUUCUCCUCCAUACCCAUUUGAUCACAAACAGUUUGUGGAACAGAGCAAAUGCCGCUUGUCAGGGUCGAAGUGAGGAACGUCUACGGUUUAGGCAAAACAGAGCUUCACAGAGACGUCGACCGUGAAGACCCAAAAGCUAUUCUCGACGGCGUCGCCGUUUCUGGACUCGUUGGAAUCUUGCGUCAACUCGGUGAUCUCACCGAGUUUGCAACAGAGAUCUUCCAUGGGAUACAAGAAGAAGUUAUACUUACAGCUUCAAGAAGCAAUAAACUAAAGAUGAGACUGAAGCAGAUAGAAGCUACUGUUCCUUCCAUCCAGAAGGCAGUGCUUGCACAAACAAACCACAUACAAUUUGCUUACACUGGAGGUCUUGAGUGGCAUCCUCGUAUACCAAAUGUGCAAGAUUACUUUGUUUGCGACGACUUGCCACAGUUUAUCAUGGCUCCAUAUGAUGAUUGCCGUGACCCUCCACGGUUGCACUUGCUAGACAAAUUUGAUAUAAAUGGUCCAGGGUCUUGUCUCAAACGAUACACUGAUCCUACUCAUUUCAAAAGAUCGUCAAGAGCUUCUAAACUUCCAGAGAUUAAGAAGAAGAAAUCUCUGCCUAGGAGCCGAGAUAUAUCUCGUGUUGUCUCAAUGGCUAACCAGAGUGACAGGAAGACUUUGACUUCUUUAAGCUUCGGUGGACGAACCUCUUCCUCUAGAACUGCAUCUACUAUGGAAACUGAGUCCAAAUCUGACUUGCAAGACCAACAUUCUUUCUCUUUUGAUUCAAGAAGUGGUGGAGAGAAACUGAAGGGGGUGUUUACUGCUUCAAGGUUCACACCAGGUCCCCGGACCAUUGCUUCAGUUCUGUCUGAAAGUGAAAGCGAAGAUGAAAAUGAUGAUAGUCCUUCUCAAGAGCUAACAACUCGUGGCUCUUCCUGCGUUAGUUGGCACGAGAAAGCUGAGAUAGUGGAAGCUGAUGCCCUGAAACGUGCAGCAGAUGAAGCUCAUGAAGUAAUGGAGACAAAUGCUGAACCGGACUCAGGACUGAAAGAACGUAGAGAGGUUGAAACUGUCCAAGAUAUCAAACCGAGGGAAGUGGAAAUGGACAGUGAAGAUGAAACUGAAAGCGAAGAGGACGAUUUUGUUGAUGCGCUUUACACCAUUGAUUCAGAAUCUGACAAUGACCAAGAGGUUCAGAAGCAAUUCUCCAAUGAGAUUACAGAAGAAGAGUUUGAUAACUAUGUGUGUGAGCAAGAAACAGAUAAUAUUUCUAACAACUCUGGUCUAGACGAUGAGGCAAUGUGUGCUGCAGCAUCGGAUCUACAUUUAUCAUCACCGGUGAGUAAACCUGAUGAGAUGAUUCUUCAAGAUCCAUGGGAGGCUUUAGAUAUAAGCAAUGGUACUACUCGUAGCUAUUCCAAUGGCUUCUCAAAUCCAUUGUAUGAUACUAAUGGUGUUCAAGAAAAUCAAGAAUCAGAAGAUGAGAGUUCUUGUGACAACGGAGAAGAAGAGACUAAGUUAUGGACUAAUGGAAAUCUUUUGGGACUGAAGCCAUCGAAGCCGGAGAUUGUAGAGGAAACUAUCAGAGAGACUGAUGCUGAAACCUUGCAAGAGCCCUUGAGAGAAGCUAACAAGGCUGCUUUUGACUGGUUUACUUCAUCUCCUCAACUUGAUCACAUGAAAGUAUCUUUCACUCCCUCAGAAACCUUGCCGAGUUCCGUACUGAAGCUGAAACUCCCAGAUGAAUAUACGUUUUCGUCCUUUCAGUUGGUGCCAGAGACUACUGCUGAUGCUGCUUCACUUCCUGAUUCUGAUUCAGACAAGGAUACUUUCUGUAGAACCUCUUCUUACGUUUCAGAAAACAGUGAUAACCACUCUGUGUCAAUCUCUGAGCAGCAGUCAGAAGAUGAAAGAAAAAGCCAACAAGAGCUUUAUGAUGAUUCUUUCCAAAGAAUCAAUGCUGAAGCUUCUGCUCUCUCAGCUCCAUCUUCAGAGUUUGAAACAUCAGAUGGUUACUUAGCUGGAAAGAUCUCUUACCUCCAGAAUCCAGCUGAGCCUUUACCCCCACCUCUCCCUCCGUUACAGUGGAUGGUUUCUAAGAUACCAUCAGGGAGAUUCGAGGAUAACAACAAGCAGUCUUUUAAGGACACUCUCACACGCGCAUUGGAACAGGGAAGUUCUUUAUCUACAGCCAAGAAAGAAGAAUCAAACAAUGUGGUUGCUUAUGAUCCUAAACCAGAUAACAAUAAACAGUCUUUUAAGGACACUCUCACACGCGCACUGGAGCAGAGAGAUUCUUUAUCUACGGCCAAGAAAGAAGAAUCAAACAGAGUCAUUGCUUAUGAUCCUAAACCAGAUAACAACAAGCAGUCUUUUAAGGAUGCUCUCACACGUGCAUUGGAGCAGAGAGGUUCUUUAUCUACAGUCAAGAAAGAUGCUCCUAAACCAUAUAACAACGUACAACAGAAGAACAAUGUGAGGGACUGUAAGCAAGGUAAUGGUAACGCAAAAGAGACAGAAGCUGAAGACUUCUUACAUCAAAUCCGAACAAAACAAUUUACCUUGAGACGUGUGGUCACAGCAAAGGCAUCAUCAUCUGUAGCUACGAUGAACACCAACUUCAGCACGAUUUUAGAGAAGGCAAACUCCAUCAGACAGGCUGUUGCAAGCGACGAUGGAGAUGGCGAAAGCGAUACAUGGAGCGAUAGCGACACAUGACAACCGAGUGCAGUUCACUAAUAGAACACCACACUGAUUCCGUUUCUUGUGUGUUUUAUUUCUUAGUAGAUAGCUGAUUUUGUCCUAAAAGCUUAUAUUUCUGAAUAAUAAUAAUAAUAACUAUAGAAACUAUAGUACGAAUAAAACUUUU